AGCGACACCUACGUGGCUCCAGCCAUAUCGCCUUCCCCCUCUGGAUACCCGUUCCAGAGUCUCUUCAGCCGCGCCGUGCUCAAGACCCCCGCCUCUCUUUCCAGCCAGCUAUGCCGCCUGCAAAGGGUCCCGCCGCGGGCUCGCUGGUGCUCUCUAUUGUGUCGUGUAUCGUGUACAGCGUCAUGUCUAAUGUCAUGGUGCUGACGAACCGUUAUCUGCUGGGUAAGAAGUACUACGGCUUCGACGAGAAGUUCUUCGUGGUGGCGGUGCAGGCCGGCGUUGCCGUGCUGGUGCUCGAGCUGGCCAAGAUGCAGAAGCUCAUCUCGUACGACCCGUACGACAGUGCCGUUGCGCGUAAGUGGGCACCUGUGACCUUUUUCUUCGUGGCCAUGCUGUACACGGGCAUGCAGGCCACGGCGGGACUCCCCAUCCACAUCGUCACGGUGUUUAAGAACGUCACCAACAUCAUCAUCGUAUUCGGCGAGUGGCGUUUCUUCGGCGAGCGCGUGGGCGGCCUCGUUCUCGUAACAAAGGGUCCCGCCGCGGGCUCGCUGGUGCUCUCUAUUGUGUCGUGUAUCGUGUACAGCGUCAUGUCUAAUGUCAUGGUGCUGACGAACCGUUAUCUGCUGGGUAAGAAGUACUACGGCUUCGACGAGAAGUUCUUCGUGGUGGCGGUGCAGGCCGGCGUUGCCGUGCUGGUGCUCGAGCUGGCCAAGAUGCAGAAGCUCAUCUCGUACGACCCGUACGACAGUGCCGUUGCGCGUAAGUGGGCACCUGUGACCUUUUUCUUCGUGGCCAUGCUGUACACGGGCAUGCAGGCCACGGCGGGACUCCCCAUCCACAUCGUCACGGUGUUUAAGAACGUCACCAACAUCAUCAUCGUAUUCGGCGAGUGGCGUUUCUUCGGCGAGCGCGUGGGCGGCCUCGUUCUCGUAAGUCUCGGCGUCAUGCUCAUGGGCGCUGUCAUGUCCUCAUACAGUGACGUGGGCGGUAAAGCCACGCCUUCCACGAUCUCGGGCUACUUCUGGAUGUUCCUCAACUGCGCCGCCACGGCAGGCUACGUGCUGUACAUGCGCUACGCCACGUCGCGCUCGUCGCUCAAGAUCUCUAAGUUCGGUAUGGCUUUCUACAACAACCUCAUCUCACUACCGCUACUGGCGCCCCCGCUCGUGCUUAACGGAGAGGCUUUCACGGUCUGGAGCAACCCGCUACUUGGCAACUUCAACUUCACCAUGUUGCUCUUCAUCAGUGGUGUGCUCGGCGUCGGUCUCAACCUCGCGUCCUUCUGGUGCGUGUCUGUCACCUCCGCCACGACCUACGCGACUGUGGGUGGGUUGAACAAGAUCCCGACCACUUUCAUCGGUGUUCUACUGCUUGGUGAGCCGCUAAAGCCCGACACGGCCAUCUACGUCACGUUCGGCAUGGUCGGUGGUAUUCUCUACGGUUACGCCAAGUUCAAAGAGGGUGAAGCUGCCAAGAAGCGCAAAGCGGCACAGGAAGCACUCCCGCAGACCACCCACGACUCCAAGGCAUAGAUCGAUCGGACCAAUGUGGCCAUGAACGCCUAAUGUGUUGGAAAUGCAUUUCUUGUUUUUUGCCUUUGCACUGCAGGAAUAUGAAGAGACAAAAUGUAUUGGAAGGC